AUGGAUAUAAAUGCCACGCACAGCACGCAGCUUGAAAAUGCUGCAGAAGAGGUGGCUGAGGCUAAACAAUACCUCACUGAUCUUGAUCGGCGACAAAACCAAUAUAGGGAGGGUAGUCGUGUUAUAAAAAAUAAACAGUAUUCGGAAGAUCUCUGGUUAUUGUGCAGUGGUAGAGUAUUCGUCAAGUCUUGCUUGGAACCCAAGCAUACACUUGACUUUUUAUCCUGGAGAUUGGAUGCUGGGGCAAAAGAGAUUGAACGUGCCCGUGAUGAUUUAAAGAGGAAGAUAGCUUAUCUGGCGGAAUUAGAAGGAUCAGAGGCAACACUUGCUCAGAUGUUGAAAGGUUUUGAGUUGAAGCCUGUUAAUUGA